AUGGCUCCUAACGUCGAGCAGGAAGCGCCUCACAACAGCUUUGACACUAUCCUUGUUCUCGAUUUUGGCUCUCAAACAAGUCAUCUUAUCCUACGUCGGCUUCGGGCUCUCGGCGUCUUCGCUGAGCUGCUUCCUUGCACUACUAAGAUCGCUGAUCUGACAUGGAAGCCCAAAGGAAUUGUAUUCUCUGGAGGCCCUGCUUCUGUCUACGAUGAGGGCUCACCCCAUGUUGACCCCGCUGUUUUUGAGCUUGAUGUGCCUAUUUUGGGUAUUUGCUAUGGCUGCCAGGAGAUCGCAUGGAGAAUCGACUCCAAGAACGUUGCCCGCGGAGAGACACGAGAGUAUGGUCACGCCGACGUCACGAUCACCAAGGUCAAUAGCAAUGUCGACCGGCUUUUCGCUGGUCUAGGGGAUGAGAUUCCAGUGUUCAUGUCCCACUUCGACAAGCUAGUUAGCUUGCCCACAGGGUUUGUGGUCAUUGGUGCGACCGAGAACUCGGAGUACGCCGGCAUCGCCCAUGAGGAGAAGCCUAUCUUUGGUGUCCAGUUCCACCCUGAACUCGAACACACACCCCGUGGAAGUGACAUCCUCCGUAACUUUAGCGUUGAUAUCUGCGGAGCUGAACCGAAUUGGAAAAUGGGCGACUUCGCGGAGCUCGAGAUCGCUCGCAUCCGAGAUCUUGUUGGUGAGCGAGCUCUCGUCCUAGGAGCCGUGUCUGGGGGAGUUGAUAGCACUGUGGGAGCGGCCCUCAUGCGCGAGGCCAUUGGAGAUCGCUUCAAAGCUAUCCUCAUCGACACCGGGUGUAUGCGUCUCAAUGAGUGCGAGGAGGUCAAGCUUACGCUCGGAAAGCACCUUGGCAUUAAUCUUACAGUUGUUGACGCUGGCGAACUGUUCUUGAGUCGUCUUGCCGGUGUUUCUGAACCGGAAAAAAAGCGAAAGAUCAUUGGAUCAACUUUUAUCGAUCUGUUCGAGAAAGAGGCUAUCAGGAUCGAGAAAGAAGCGGAGAACACCCCCAACUCCGGGAAGGUGGAGUUCUUCCUCCAAGGGACAUUAUACCCCGACGUCAUCGAAUCUUUAAGCUUCCGCGGGCCUUCUGCUACUAUCAAGACUCACCACAACGUUGGCGGGUUGCCUGAGCGGAUGAUGAACGGCCAAGGUUUGCGUCUGAUUGAGCCUCUCAGACUUUUGUUCAAAGAUGAAGUUAGGGCAAUCGGUCGAAAGCUCGGCAUACACGAAUCACUAGUAAACCGUCACCCCUUCCCUGGCCCUGGCAUUGCCAUUCGCAUCCUCGGUGAUGUCACCAAGGAGCGCGUGGAGAUCGCCCGUAAGGCCGACCACAUUUUCAUCACCAAGAUCAAGGAGGCAGGCCUUUACGACCAGAUCUCCCAAGCUUUUGCUGGUCUUGACACUAACCGUAGUGUUGGUGUUUUCGGUGAUCAGCGAGUUUGGGGUUACAUCGUGAUUCUCCGUGCUGUCAGCACCAAAGAUUUCAUGAGCGCAGACGUGUUUGACUUCGAUAAUGCUUUCCUCAAGGAUGUAUCGCGCACUAUCUGCAAUCAGGUAGAAGGCGUGGCCCGUGUUGUCUAUGAUUUAACCUCAAAGCCCCCUGGCACUAUUGAGCUAGAGUAG